CACUGUCUCUGUCUGUCUGCCGGGGUCUAGCUGCCCCAGACUGGUGGUGUGGGCUUGGGAUCCCCCUGGUGACCUCUCCAGUCUAGGUCCCUCAGCCACUCUGCCCCAAGAUGGGCCGUGGGGCCGGCCGUGAAUACUCGCCUGCAGCCACCACAGCAGAAAAUGGGGGAGGCAAGAAGAAACAGAAAGAGAAGGAGCUGGAUGAGCUGAAGAAGGAGGUGGCUAUGGAUGACCACAAGCUGUCCUUGGAUGAGCUGGGCCGCAAGUAUCAAGUGGAUCUGUCCAAGGGCCUCACCAACCAGCGGGCCCAGGACAUUUUGGCGCGGGAUGGGCCCAAUGCCCUCACCCCACCCCCAACAACCCCCGAGUGGGUCAAGUUCUGUCGCCAGCUUUUCGGGGGUUUCUCCAUCCUGCUGUGGAUCGGGGCCAUCCUCUGCUUCCUGGCCUUCGGCAUCCAGGCCGCCAUGGAGGAUGAGCCGUCCAAUGACAAUCUCUAUCUGGGCGUGGUGCUGGCAGCUGUGGUCAUCGUCACUGGCUGCUUCUCCUACUACCAGGAGGCCAAGAGCUCCAAGAUCAUGGAUUCCUUCAAGAACAUGGUGCCUCAGCAAGCCCUCGUGGUGCGGGAGGGAGAGAAGAUGCAGAUCAACGCGGAGGAGGUGGUGGUGGGAGACCUGGUGGAGGUGAAGGGCGGAGACCGUGUGCCGGCCGACCUCCGGAUCAUCUCGUCUCACGGCUGCAAGGUGGAUAACUCAUCCCUCACAGGCGAGUCAGAGCCCCAGACCCGCUCCCCCGAGUUCACCCAUGAGAACCCCCUGGAGACCCGCAAUAUCUGUUUCUUCUCUACCAACUGUGUGGAAGGCACGGCCAGGGGCAUCGUGAUCGCCACGGGUGACCGGACGGUGAUGGGCCGCAUAGCCACUCUGGCCUCGGGCCUGGAGGUUGGGCGGACGCCCAUAGCCAUGGAGAUCGAACACUUCAUCCAGCUGAUCACGGGGGUGGCCGUGUUCCUGGGGGUCUCCUUCUUCGUGCUGUCCCUCAUCCUGGGCUACAGCUGGCUGGAGGCGGUCAUCUUCCUCAUAGGCAUCAUCGUGGCCAAUGUGCCUGAGGGUCUGCUGGCCACGGUCACUGUGUGUCUGACCCUGACAGCCAAGCGCAUGGCUCGAAAGAACUGCCUGGUGAAGAACCUGGAGGCGGUAGAGACGCUGGGCUCCACCUCCACCAUCUGCUCUGACAAGACGGGCACCCUCACUCAGAACCGCAUGACUGUUGCCCACAUGUGGUUUGACAACCAGAUCCACGAGGCUGACACCACCGAAGAUCAGUCUGGGGCCACUUUUGACAAACGAUCCCCCACGUGGACGGCCCUGUCCCGGAUUGCUGGUCUCUGCAACCGUGCUGUCUUCAAGGCCGGGCAGGAGAAUAUCUCUGUGUCUAAGCGGGACACAGCUGGUGAUGCCUCCGAGUCAGCUCUUCUCAAGUGCAUUGAGCUGUCCUGUGGCUCCGUGAGAAAGAUGAGGGAUAGAAACCCCAAGGUGGCUGAGAUCCCUUUCAACUCAACCAACAAGUACCAGCUGUCCAUCCAUGAGCGAGAAGACAAUCCCCAGAGCUACGUGCUGGUGAUGAAGGGGGCCCCCGAGCGCAUCCUGGACCGGUGCUCCUCCAUCUUGGUGCAGGGCAAGGAGAUCCCUCUGGACAAGGAGAUGCAGGAUGCCUUCCAGAAUGCCUACCUGGAGCUGGGAGGACUUGGGGAGCGUGUGCUGGGCUUCUGUCAACUCAAUCUGCCCUCUGGGAAGUUUCCUCGGGGCUUCAAAUUUGACACAGAUGAGCUGAACUUCCCCACGGAGAAGCUCUGCUUCGUGGGGCUCAUGUCCAUGAUUGACCCUCCACGGGCUGCCGUGCCAGACGCUGUGGGCAAGUGCCGGAGCGCAGGCAUUAAGGUGAUCAUGGUGACCGGGGACCACCCUAUCACAGCCAAGGCCAUUGCCAAAGGUGUGGGCAUCAUAUCAGAGGGCAACGAGACAGUGGAGGACAUCGCAGCCCGGCUCAACAUUCCUGUCAGCCAGGUCAACCCCAGAGAAGCCAAGGCAUGCGUGGUGCACGGCUCCGACCUGAAGGACAUGACGUCCGAGCAGCUGGAUGAGAUCCUCAAGAACCACACAGAGAUUGUCUUUGCCCGGACGUCUCCCCAGCAGAAGCUCAUCAUCGUGGAGGGCUGUCAGAGGCAGGGAGCCAUCGUGGCGGUGACGGGUGACGGGGUGAACGACUCCCCUGCGCUGAAGAAGGCGGACAUCGGCAUUGCCAUGGGCAUCGCUGGCUCUGACGUGUCCAAGCAGGCAGCCGACAUGAUCCUACUGGAUGACAACUUUGCCUCCAUCGUCACGGGCGUGGAGGAGGGCCGCCUGAUCUUUGACAACCUGAAGAAAUCCAUCGCCUACACCCUGACCAGCAACAUCCCCGAGAUCACCCCCUUCCUGCUCUUCAUCAUCGCCAACAUCCCUCUGCCUCUGGGCACCGUGACCAUCCUCUGCAUUGACCUGGGCACUGACAUGGUCCCUGCCAUCUCCCUGGCCUACGAGGCAGCUGAGAGCGACAUCAUGAAGCGGCAGCCAAGAAACCCACAGACGGACAAGCUGGUGAACGAGAGGCUUAUCAGCAUGGCCUACGGCCAGAUCGGGAUGAUCCAGGCGCUGGGUGGCUUCUUCACCUACUUCGUGAUCCUGGCAGAGAACGGUUUCCUGCCUUCACGGCUGCUGGGAAUCCGCCUCGACUGGGACGACCGGUCCAUGAACGACCUGGAGGACAGCUACGGACAGGAGUGGACCUAUGAGCAGCGGAAGGUGGUGGAGUUCACGUGCCACACGGCCUUCUUCGCCAGCAUCGUGGUCGUGCAGUGGGCGGACCUCAUCAUCUGCAAGACCCGCCGCAACUCCGUCUUCCAGCAGGGCAUGAAGAACAAGAUUCUGAUUUUUGGGCUCCUGGAGGAGACAGCGCUGGCCGCCUUUCUGUCUUACUGCCCAGGCAUGGGCGUGGCCCUCCGCAUGUACCCGCUCAAGGUCACUUGGUGGUUCUGUGCCUUCCCCUACAGUCUCCUCAUCUUCAUCUACGAUGAGGUCCGCAAGCUGAUCCUGCGGCGAUACCCCGGAGGCUGGGUGGAGAAGGAGACAUACUACUGAACCCACUGGAAGAAGAACCAGGCACGGGGAAGACGGGGCGCCCUGGAGGUGUUGCAGGGAUGGCGCUGGGGAGGGGUGGGAAACACAGGGGUGGUAUCUGGAGGGGAGAUUUAGGGAGACAGAACGAGGCGGCUCAGCAGGCUGAGUUGGGAGGAGAGGGUAACUCAGCCUGGGGUAAUUGCCCCAGAAGCCUGACUAUGAGCCAUCAGCUUAGAUGCUUCAUGUCAGGGUCCCCUCCCCAGCCCCACUCCACUCCAUUCCAUCUAUCUUAUCUGAGGAAUUGAGGGUUACCCCAGCCCUCCCCGGGCCCUGUCCCUUCACCCCCAUUUCCCACUAGAACAGAUCAAAGACAGGAAUCCGUCUAAACCAGGAAGAAGGAGACUGCCUCAGAUUACCGAUGUCCUGUUCCCUCUCCAGCCUCACCCUAUUUCCCCCUUUCACCCCUUGUUUGCUUCCUGCCCAACUCUUCCCUCUGCUUCCCCCUCAGACCUGGAAAUGGUUCCUCCCGGUGAGUGCUGGGGCCUGAGGCCAGAAAGGGAAGCUCACUGGAGAAGCCGGCCUGUCUCCCAAUCAAGGCUGGUUAGGAGCCGCUAGAGGAGAGUGGGGUGGACAGGUGGGAGGGUAGGGUACGGCAGAGGAGGGAGACAGAAAAGGAGAGAGACUGUCAAUGACAGGACAUCUGACAUAGAUGUCUGGACUCGAGCUCUGUGUCCUGCCCUUUUAGAGCACCCUGCCAGCAGACCAAAUUCAAAUGCCAUCAGAGGAGCAGCAGAGGCAGGACCAGGAGGCAACCCAGGGAGCUUCACUGAGAUUCCACAGCCAUGUGCCCACGGCAUCCCCCACUGACCCUUGGUUUGUUGUCUCUUGGUCCCUGAGGCCCAGGUGUCACAGAUGCCCUAGCUCUCUACAUCACACGCUCUUGGUAACACCCCGCCCUUUAGAAUACUGAGUCCUCAAGUUCCAUAUUGUUCCAAGAGGAAGAACUGCCAGCUCACUCCCUGCCCCUCCCCCGGCUUCAUGCCCAUCCGGACGAACCUGCGUCACUCCCAGGCACUGCCAAGCCAGCCCUGGAAAAGGAAGUCCCUGGCCAUCAGCUGGAAUUGGGGUGGAGAUGUUCCCAGAAACUGCCUGUCUUCCAGGGUCAUGCAGAAUCAGCUUAGGUCAUGGACGUGUUUAGAACCUCUAGACAACAAGAGGGAACACGUUAGGAGACCUGCCUUAGACCUGUCAGAUGGCUGGGCUGUUCGUCCCAGGAAAAUGCCUUUCACACUUAUGAUCAUUGUGCCGAUUUUCCCCAAGACAGGGAGUUGACUUCAGGUUCUUCGAAGAAGCUACCUUUCCCUCCGUAGCCCCCUCCCCACCUGCGCUUGGCUCUGUAGGCAGCUCUGUCCAUUCUCUAAGCCUGGCUUAGAAGGCAUUGGGAAUGUCCCGUAGAGAGACACCUGGAUGAACCAAGCAAGUGAAAGAGACACCCAAGGAACAUGGGAGACCUAAGGCAGAAAGGAAGGAAGCAUAAAAGACAAACAUCAGGCCCAUAAACAACUUCCCAAAGGCUGUUACUUCAUUACACUGGAAUUUUACUUUAUCAGAAGUAUCUUGAAAUAAUGAGUCAUUGCCUUGGGCUUGGAAAACUAACUGGGAAACCAUGUUAAUUUGGGCCUGGUUAAUUUGGUAUUCGUUGACCCGGACAAAAGUUUAUCUUUGCACAAUCAAUAAAAAUGGCAUUUGUUUAGUAAAUUAAGAGCAUCAGCAAUAUUGCUAGGGGUGGCAUAUUUAGUCUCCUAAAAUGAUGCUUUUCAGGCACUUCAGGAAUAUCCAUUUAGAAAUAGUGAAUGCAUGGGCUAAUUACCAUCAGUUCUUAUGUAUUUGUUAGAGAAACACCUGCAAGACUUUUACUCAGUGACCUUUUGUAAGACAUUAGUUUGAGGUACUACGUAUGUACUUGAAAAUAAUAAAGUUGCAUUUCUUUAUGAAAGA